UGCUGUGGGCUGUGGGCGGCGCACGCUCCCAAACCCUUUGCGAGUACACAAGCGCACUCACACAGCCACACGCACCGCGAGUCUCCGAAUCCGCGCAUCCGCUCCGGAGCGAAUGUCAUCGAGACGCAAAAACGCCGUCGGAAUGAAUCAAGAAUAGCAUCUCCACGCACCUUGGGAGUUCUGUUCCCCUGAUUCAACAGUCUUCUUCUCACCUGCAGAUAUUAAUAUAUUUUGCGCUAGUCUUGGUGUUUGAGAGGAAGAGUAUGGAACUGACUACGAGCAGGAGCUUUCUGCUGCUCGCCCAGCUCUUGCUCACCUGUCAUACAGCUGAUGUGGCACAUGCAUACUUCAGAGGCCAGCGCAAAUUCACCGAGGACAUCGAAUGGUCGUAUGCAGGAACAUUAAACCAAAAUAACUGGGCUAAAAAGUACCCAUCAUGCAACAGUGCCAAACAGUCACCCAUUGACAUUGAGGAGGACUUCACCCAGGUCAAAGUUGAGUUUCAGCAGCUCAGGUUCGAGGGCUGGGACCAGGAGACUGUGGACACCACCACCAUCAGGAAUGAUGGGAAAACAGUUGCGGUUGACCUGAACGGCGAGUUCUAUGUGAGUGGCGGGGCGCUCAGGUCAAAGGUCAGGGUGGGUAGGAUCACCUUUCACUGGGGCAGGUGCAACGCUUCGUCGGAUGGCUCCGAGCACAGCCUCAAUGGCCUCAAAUUUCCCCUGGAGAUGCAGAUUUUCUGCUAUGAGGCUCAGAGGUUUGAAACCAUCGACGAGGCUCUGAAAGAGGGGGGAAGGAUAACCGCCCUGUCGGUCCUGUUCCAGGCCAGUGCUGAAGACAACGAGAACUACAGGUCCAUUAUUGACGGAGUAAAUUCUGUGAGCCGAUUUGGUAAAAGCAGCAAUGUGAAGCCCUUCUCCUUGCUGGGUCUCCUCCCAAACUCAACAGAGAAAUAUUUCGUCUACAAUGGCUCCCUGACCACGCCGCCAUGCUCAGAGACUGUGGAGUGGGUGGUGUUUAAGAGCACUGCGCUCAUCUCUGAGUCUCAGCUGGAGGUCUUCUGUGAGGUGAUGACCAUGCAGCAGGCUGGGUUUGUGAUGCUGAUGGAUUACCUGCAGAAUAACUACAGAGGGCAGCAGGAGCAGUUCAUGGGCCAGGUCUUCUCCUCCUACACAGGAACAGAGGAAGUGCUCUCCCCUGUUUGCAGCUCAGAGCCAGAGAACGUCCAGGCAGACCCUCAGAACUACACCAGCAUGCUGGUGACGUGGGAUCGGCCGCGGGUGGUGUAUGAUAUCGCCAUCGAGAGGUACUCUGUCACCUACCAGCGGCUGCAGGGGAAGGAUCCACCCAAACUCGAGUAUCUGACAGAUGGAGACCAGGAUGUGGGGGCCAUCAUUCAGGACCUACUGGCCAACAGCAGCUACGUGGUCCAGGUCGUCGCCGUGUGCGCUAACGGUCUCUAUGGACGCUCAAGUGACCAGGUGAUCGUGGACAUGCCCCUGGACGACCCUGAAACAGAUUCCGUCCCUUUUUCAGACCGUACUGAAACCGAAGAUGACUGGAAGGAGGAUUAUGACCCAAACCUAUCAAAGGGCAGAGGGGAUCCAAACCAGUGGAAAAUGACCGAACCCUCUACCAGAACCUUUAUCACCGAAUCCUCCAUUCCAGUCACCCCAGAGACAGAUGGAUCUGGCUUCCUGCUUCCUGACACCAGAACCACUAUGGGCCCAUUCCUGUUCUGGUCCAAAGACCACAUGGGACAGCCUGCAAAAAGGCCUGGCACCAGUCAGACCUCUCUCACCAGCCCAAGGGCUCACUCUGGUGACAGUAGUACAAUCAGCAAAGCUGGCACGGCGACUACAGCCGUAUCACUCCCUGAUGAAGGGGCCCUUGGUAAUGUCACUCCUCCUGUUAAAAGUUUCGAGGACCCUGCAGGGGACAGCCGGGUGGCUCCCCCAACUGUAGCCGAAGACAGAGUGACAGAGGCCACCCCCUACCCCGAAACCCCCGUCACUGCGACCCCUGUCCCCUCCCUGUGGGAGACCCCACAGCGCCCCACCAGCCCCGGCCCCAGCACCCGACGCACCUCCACCUCCACUGUCAAGGACAUGCUGUCCUACACCACCCAGCCUUUGUUCAACGAGGCCAGUAACAGCAGUCACGAGUCUCGGAUUGGUCAGGUGGGCAUCAGGGAGAGGCAGAGGAAAGCUGUGGUGCCUCUGGCCAUUGUGUCCGCCCUUACCUUCCUGUGUCUAAUGGUGCUGGUGGGGAUCUUCAUCUACUGGAGGAAGUGCUUCCAGACGGCUCACUUCUACAUCGACGACGACACGUCCCCCCGUGUCAUCUCUGUCCCACCCACACCUGUCCUGCCAGCAUCAGAGGACAGCGCGGCGCUCUCCGUGAAGCAGUUCGUCAGACACGUGGCGGAGCUUCACGACUCGGGCGGAUUCUCGCGUGAGUUUGAGAUAUUGAAAGGGUGUUACGAGGAGAUCCAGGCAUGCGCUGCAGACCUGGCUGUUACCACAGACGGCUCCAAUCACCCGGAUAACAAGAGCAAGAACCGAUACGUCAACAUUCUGGCCUAUGACCACAGCCGGGUCCACCUCUCCUGCCCUCCUGACAGAGAUGGGAAGGACGGUGACUACAUUAACGCAAACUACGUGGACGGUUUUAACAGGCCGCGGGCAUACAUCGCUGCCCAGGGCCCGCUGAAGGCGAGCACGGAGGACUUCUGGAGGAUGGUGUGGGAGCACAAUGUGGGCGUGAUCGUCAUGAUCACCAACCUGGUGGAGAAUGGGAGGAGGAAGUGUGACCAGUACUGGCCCCUGGAAACCGUGGAGGAGUAUGGCUGCUUCCUGCUGACGCUGAAGAGCACCGAGGUCCUGGCCCACUACACCCGCAGGACCUUCACCCUGAGGAACAUCCAGGUCAAAAAGGGUUCCCUAAAGGGGCGGGGCCAAGAGAAGACUGUGGUGCAAUACCACUACACCCAGUGGCCCGACAUGGGCGUCCCGGAGUACACCCUACCCCUACUCACCUUUGUGCGGAAAUCCUCCCAGGCCAGGACAGACGACAUGGGAUCUGUCGUGGUUCACUGCAGUGCUGGAGUUGGUAGAACUGGCACCUACAUUGUGCUGGACAGCAUGUUACGGCAAAUCAAGGAGCAGGGAACAGUCAACAUCCUGGGAUUCCUGAAACACAUUCGCAGUCAGAGAAACUACCUGGUACAGACUGAGGAACAGUAUGUCUUCCUCCAUGAUGCUCUGGUGGAGGCCAUCCUGAGCAGGGAGACAGAGGUUCCCUCCUCCCGUAUCCACAGUUACGUCAAUGACCUCCUGACCCCCGGACCUUCCGGCCGAACGCGCCUGGAGAGGCAGUUCAAGUUGAUAACCCAGUCCAACGCUAAGCAGUGUGACUAUUCUGCGGCCCUGAAACAGUGCAACAGAGAAAAGAAUCGCAACUCUUCUCUCAUGCCCGUGGAGAGGUCCAGAGUCUGUCUGUCCACAGUGGCAGGAGAGACCUUGGACUACAUUAACGCUUCCUACAUCACGGGGUACCACCGGAGCAAUGAGUUCAUCAUGACUCAGACCCCGCUUCCCGGCACCACCAAGGACUUCUGGAGAAUGGUGUGGGACCACAAUGCCCAGGUCAUCGUCACACUGCCAGACACACAGGGCCAGACAGAGGAUGUGCAGGAGGAGGAGUGUGUGUUCUGGCCCUGCAAAGAACAGCCAAUCAGCUGUGAGAUGUUCACGGUUGCCCUCAGAGGUGAAGAUCACAUAUGUCUGUCAAAUGAGGACAUGCUGGUGGUACAGGACUUCAUCCUGGAGGCCACACAGGAUGAUUAUGUCCUGGAGGUGAGGCAGUACCGGGCCCCACGGUGGCCCAACCCAGACAGCCCCAUCAGUAACACUUUCGAGCUCAUCAACAUCAUCAGGGAAGCCAGCGGAGGCCGAGACGGGCCCAUGGUGGUCCAGGACCAAUAUGGCGGCAUCACCGCAGGCACUUUCUGCGCCCUGGCAACGCUGUUGCACCAACUGGAGGCGGAGAACUCAAUAGAUGUGUAUCAGGUGGCCAAGAUGACCAAUCUGAUGAGACCAGGAGUCUUCGCUGACAUUGAGCAGUACCAGUUCCUCUACAAAGCCAUCCUGAGUCUGGUGAGCACCAAGGAGGAUGAGAGAACACGUCAGUCCACAGACAACAACGGCACCAUCCUGGCCAGCUCCAGCAACAUCACAGAGAGCCUGGAGUCCCUGGUGUAACCACGGCAACAGCCACCUGGCACAUUCUAGAAGGCUCCACUGUCUGUAUGGGCAUUUUAAAGAACGGGCUUCAGCUUUUCUCCUUCUUACUCUGUUUCUGGGUGUUUUGACUGUACUGCUGCCCAUAACCGUAUGAAAUUUUCAUGUGUGCCUUUACAUAUUUCAUGUUGUGCUUUUAACCGCUUUGAAAUGAUUCCAUCAUAGACUAAUUUCAGAUGUUGUGUAUGUUUUUGUUGUUGUGUUCUUUUUUAUUGGGACUGUAGUCUUGCUCUCUCUCUCUCUCUCUCUCAGCAGAAACAGCUAAACGAAAGGGAAAAAGCCUAAAAACUUUUUAAUGACAUAUUUUAUUAUUCUAUUUUUUGUAGAGAGCCUAUAUUUGAGCGAUGCUUUGUUUUACAUAUAGAUAUUGUAUAUAAAACUGUUUUAGUGACUUCAUAUGUGAGGUCAGAGCAGCAUAGGAACAUGGAAUAAUAUUCUAAUAUGUAAAUAGCACUACACCGAAUAUGUCA